GAGUACAAGUACUUCCAGAGAAUGACUAGCACACCCCAUGUGAAAGGUAAACAGAAUGCACUGAUAAUGGGUAAAAAAACCUGGUUCUCCAUUCCUGAGAAGAAUCGACCUUUAAAAGACAGAAUUAAUAUAGUGCUCAGCAGGGAGCUCAAGGAAGCCCCAAAAGGAGCACAUUAUCUUUCCAAAAGUCUGGAUGAUGCUUUAGCUCUUUUGGAUUCACCAGAGUUAACAAGUAGAGUAGACAUGGUUUGGAUCGUUGGAGGAACUUCAGUUUACGAGGCAGCAAUGGAGAAGCCAAUUAAUCAUCGAUUGUUUGUGACAAGAAUUUUGCAGGAAUUUGAAAGUGACACAUUUUUUCCAGAAAUCAACUACAAAGACUACAAACUUCUCACAGAGUACCCAGGUGUCCCUGCUGACAUACAAGAAGAGAAUGGCAUCCAGUACAAAUUUGAAGUGUAUGAAAAAGCUGUCUUGGCACAAUAA